AUGGACGCCCCUGAAGUGCGCGUGGCAACCGUUGGCUGCGGUCACGGUAGUCUGAACCUAAUCUACGAUACUGUCGCCAAAUUUGCUGCCGAGCGUGGCUGGGAUGGUGUCGACAUCGUCAUUAUCGGUGGCGAUUUCCAGGCCCUCCGGAAUGCCGAUGAUGCGGCUUGUCUCUCCGUUCCGACCAAAUUCCGCAAAAUGGGAGAUUACCACGAGUACUACAGUGGUCAGCGUCUGGCACCGUUCCUGACCAUCUUCUGUGGUGGCAACCACGAGGCAAGCAAUCACUUGUUCGAGCUCUACUACGGUGGUUGGAUCGCUCACAACAUCUACUAUCUCGGUGCUGCGAAUGUCAUUCGCUAUGGCCCUCUGCGUAUCUCCGGCAUGUCUGGCAUCUGGAAAGGAUACGACUACCGCAAGACCCACCAUGAGCGAAUUCCAUAUCGUCCUGAAGAUCUCCACUCGGUCUUUCAUGUCCGCGAACUCGAUGUUCGCAAGCUACUUCAAAUUCGCACUCAAGUCGACAUCGGUUUGUCCCACGACUGGCCUCACCGGGUCGAGAAUUUUGGUGACUUCAAACUCCUUUUCCGCAAAAAGAGGGACUUCGAGGAGGACUCGAAGCACGGUAAACUCGGAAACCAGGCCGCUCGCGAGGUCAUGGACCGUCUUCGCCCGCAAUAUUGGUUCUCCGCUCAUCUCCAUGUCGAGUUUGCCGCAACCAUACCGCAUGGCAACGUCCUGACCAAGAAGGUCGAGCCUAGCCCCGGUGUUCCUGCUGUCUGGGCUGUCGAGGUGGCCAGUCCUAAGGUUCUACCCGAAGUUCCUAAGCCAUCCCCAGCUGUUGAAGUCUCUUCUGAGAACUCACGCCCCGUUGCUUCUGACGGAUCAGUGUCAAACACCAUGAUGGCCGCGUACGGAAACCAGAAUCUGGUCCCUCACAGCGAACAGGCCGAUCGCCUUGCGGCCUGGGGAACCUUCCAAAAAUCCGACACGAAGAUCCGCCAACAACAGUUUCUCAACUUGGCCCAGCACAAAGAAGUGGAGCGACCCAACACCAACGUCGAGGUGACCUGGAAGCACUUGUCUUCUGGCAAGUCCGCCGAUCAACAAGAUUCACUUGUUUAUGCCAACAAGCGAGUCAAGAAUGACGACGAGAUUGACCUCGAUUCGGAGAACGAUUCCUCUCAUGAGGACACCACCACUUCAUCGCCCCACAAGCAAUCCGAGCUCACCUCAGUCGGAACGGAUGAGCAAGCCGAUAUCGAGGCUACGACCGCUGGAACUCGCAACAUUUGUCUGCAGGCUGGUACCGACGGUGCUAAUGAGGGUGCCCCCGACAACCAAAGCACUCAAAUGUCUCUUGUGGACCAGGCUGUCUCCGAGAACAUGCAGGCCAUUGACAACAAGCUCACAAAGUUCCUGGCGCUCGACAAGCCCAACAAUCACAAUGCUUUUGUGAAGCUACUCAGUAUCUCACCGGUCUCAGACCAAUCAAACGUCAAUGUUUGCAAGCCUUAUCGUCUUCAGUACGAUAAGGAAUGGCUGGCUAUUACUCGUGUCUUCGCCGACGACCUUGUCCUGGGAGACAAGAAUGCCAGAAUUCCUGAUGAUCUCGGUGAGGAUGAAUACCUUCCUCGUAUCCAAGAGCAGGAAAGCUGGGUCGAAGAAAAUGUGGUCCAGAAGGGACUGAUGAACGUCCCCUACAAUUUCACCCGCUCCGCCCCCAAUCCACCCCGACUGACCGCAGAGUUUUGCGAGUUGCUCCAGAUCGACAAUAAGUUCUACUUGAACGAAGAACAGCGUUUCAUCAACUACUCAAGCGUCCCUGCCACCCAGAUGGCGAACGGUGACGAGGAUCGUCACCGAGGUACAGGCCGCCGCGGUGGCCACAGGGGCCGUGGUCGUCGUGGCCACCGUGGUGGUCACCGCGGAUCUGGACGUGGAACCCAGUGA